ACAUACUGUGCUAACACUGGUAUGUAGUGCUUCCACGCCCAUCAUGCACGGAUUGGAUGAGGCACGCGCUGAGCUGGACUGGCUGGAGGGGACCGAAAGUUGACAGAAAGAUAGAUGUGCUCGUCAAGAAGCGACCUCCUGCGAUCAAUUUACUCCCUGUCGAACUCCAUCCGCAGAGAAUGCUCCAGUCAUUGCCGACCCUCGGCGUGUGGAAAGAGUUUCAAGAACUAGCGCAUCGCAGUAAAACUUUGUCAACUGUAUCACAGCUCUGGAGGAAUGUGGCCUCCCACACUCCGGAAACCUGGUGUGAUAUUGUGGUGCGCCCCAGGCUACCUCGCACUGUUGCGUCCUUGGAAACCCAACUGACAAGGAGUGGGGAUGUUCCUCUCAACAUCUUCAUUGUUAAUUUUUCACAUACCUCUCAACUGAUUAGGAUACAAAGGCUGAACGUCCUUGACCCCAGUGCCGAUCGCUGGCAGCGCCUUCACACACAAGACGCAGAAUCAAGAAUCCUUCACGUGUUUGAGGACUUGAAAUUUCCUUCUCUCAAGGAUGUCCUCAUUUAUUCUAUACCUGAGGUUCCCGCCUAUCCGCGGUUUCUCUUACCCAACAGAGCCACUGCCCUCAGGAACUUGAAGCUUAAAGACCUUUUCCCUACUCCUAAAUUUGCAACUGCCAUGACGCUCACGACUCUUGAACUGAAGCUCAGAUGCGGCCGGGGCCAGACAACGAAGUCCACAUUUAUCCCUACCCAGUCAACAAUGAUACUCUUGCUCUCUGGUUUAUCCACCAGUUGGGCGCUUCUGCCAGACAGUAUUCACCUUCCACUUCGUAAGGUAUUCAAACCUCGCAGUCGCCAAUCCCAAGCCAGUCAUUGGAAGCCAUUGUAGCACAAAAGUUUAUGGGACUUGAUUGUUCUUAUCCUGAAGGUUCACGCUAAAAUCAUGUCGAUCUCGGCGCCGUGUCGAAAUUCAGUCGUGUUCGAAGGGUGGAGAUGCACUGUACCAGGAAUUUUGUGGGGCACGGCAUGUCAGCCUGAAUACAAGCAGCAUACGUACACUUCUCAUGGCCAAGGCUCAGCUCGGUGACUUGGAAUCAAUUACGACAGAUCACUGCACAAGCCUCUAAAGUUUGACUAUAAACCCCUUCACUUUUAUUGCAAAGAUUUCGAUCUUCACGUGCAGUCGCUCACCAAGCGCCUGGAGUUGGGCUGGCCAAGGUUAUCUGUGACACUCCCAAGUUUCCAAUAGCCCAGCGGUCGGAGUAGAUCUUCGUGACCUUUGCAAGUAAUUGCAAACUCGCAGUAACCUGAGAGUGGACGGUCUA